GCAGCAGUAGCACGUGCGGCCCGACGUUGUGAAGGCAGCUUGGUGAUUCCCCUCUAUGUCUGCCCGACCAAACUUGUGUGAUAGGCACUGUAAGCACAGUAGCGCCAGUACCAACACAGCGCACUUCUGCGCGCUCGUCAGUACUCGGAUAGCCACGGCGUAGUGUAGAUCGUGCGCUGGACGUGUCAACCAGCACGCGCCCCACUCAGAACCUGUCUCUCUCUCUCAUUGGUGUGUGACUGACUGGCUGGCUGGCUGGCUAGCACCUGCGAUGAACGAGCAGCAACAGCAGCAGCAGCAGCGAGAGUGAGUGCGUUGUGUGUCGUUGAUCGUCGCGAGCACACACGCAGAACCAGAACGAGGCCUCUCGCACACCUGGUGGGAAACUCAUAGAAUCGUUUGUUCGAGCAGCUGCUGUGCUGCUUGUACUUGCGUGCUCCAAUUUCCGCUUCCGGCGAGAUGAGCGAGGUGUGCGCGACGACGACGACGACGAACAAAGCUAAUCGUGCGGUCGGAACAACGUGAGUGUGCUCUUGCACCUAUGUACGCUGGCCCUUUAAAGUGCGAUGUAUAGUACGUGUCCUGUGCAAUAGUUGUACUUAUUGUGCGUGCCUGUGAACGUAGUGGAGAGACGCUUGCUUUAAGCUCGUGGGAGUGUUGCGACGAGGAGUGCAGCAGGUAAGAAUAGCAGCAAGAAGAUGGAGGAGUACGUGCCGUACAAACGGCCGCGACUGGUCGACUCGCUGCAGCCGUCAGCAAGUUUCAUGGACUUGCGGAAUAACAUGGUGCCGUUCGGCUUCCUCGGCAGCCAAGAGCGGGAGCCAGGUCCCGACAUGAACAUGGCCGCAGGGAUGCAGCCGAUGCCACAGGGUUUGGCUGCAGCUCUCAAUCAGCAGUCGCAGGACUUUGGCCAGCUGGCCGCGGCAGUCGCGGCCGCUGGUGUUGUUGCUGAUUGGCGCCACGCCACUGAUGCCGAUACCCGCCAUGGAUUCGUCAACAAAUUCAUAUGGCAAAUUAACGAUCUGCCAUGUAAUUUCGCCAGAGUGGCGGCGUUGACAAGGAACGUCGAUGGCCCGGCCAGCAGAUCACCAAAGUGGCUGGGAACAGCUCGGAAAAUCGAGGGCAAGGCUUAUAAGGCAGCGUUGUCGCGAGCCCACUACUUCGAUCUGAUGAAGGAGGAAAUUCACAAAUUACAAACGGGCGGUCUAAGUUAUUCCACGAUGUCUAGUCAAUUUUUCCCAUCGAGCAGUGCAACCUCAGCUGCUGCGACAGCAGCUGCCAACAACGUUCAACUCCUCAACAUACCGCAGAAUUACGGGCCAAACAGUUUUGGUGAGCCAGUGACGGCGACGCAAUCGCAAGCGGGUUUGGCGCAUUCGGCAACUUCGGUGAACUUGUUUGGCGCUGACGAAGUAGUAUCUAACCCUAUGAGGAUUCCUGUGACUAGCUCGAUCGGCUCGGCGAGGCCACAGUUCGAUGCGUUUAAUGGUCGACAGCCCAGAUCAAUGGUUCACGAUCAAGUGCCUGGCAGCAGUUUGCCAUUAGGCGAUCCGACACAAUUCAUGCCGAACGCUGAGCCAGUAUUAGGUUCGAACCUGUUGCACCCGAUGAAUGCUAUUAUUACCAAUCCUCUCGGGCAGUACAUGCCUUCGUCGUCAGUUAGUGGUGCGCCAUCGCAGCAACGUGGCUUUGGACUCAACGACGGACAAAGUGUAUUGUCGGAAAACAGUAGCAUCGUCAACUCGCAAGGUUCAGCUCGGCUGCAGAAGGAGUGGCACAAAUCCGCACCGUUCAGCUUUAGGAACAGUCUCAUCCGAAAAAUGGCCCAAUUUUUCUUAACUACACCUGACCCGCAGACAAACACCAUGGAAAGCGCGAUCUACGUAGCUACCCGUAUCGAGAAUGAAACUUACAAAACUGCCAAUUCUCUAUCCCAGUAUUAUGAUGCGAUGGUACAACGCUGCUUGCUGAUCGCUAAAGAACGAAGUACCCACACUCAACAACAAGGUAUUCAAUAUUAUGUGCCAGACAUCCGGCGGAUUUAUGAGGCUUUGGGUAUCGCCUAUCCACAUCCAACGAAUCAACAACCACAAUUUUCCAGCAACAAUGGUGGUCCAUCGAGCAAUGGUCGAAUGCAUGGCAACGAUGUUGGUGCUGGUGUGAUGCCGAGCCUGAUGGGUACGGGUGUGGCACCACCACCACCGCCAUUUUGCGCCAUCGCCAGAGGCCAGUCGAUGCCACAGUUUGCUGGCCACAAUCAAAUACUUGGUAUUGAUAGUAACGAAACCUCUGAUCGCUUCAUGAAAGGCAUAUUGUCGGAGAUGGGGAUGCCGAUGAGCCAGGACAGCGUGCCGGAGGUGAUCAAGCAGCUGGCUCACGCCUACAAGUGCCAGGAGCGCGAGAAUCAAGAAAACGACGUGAUGCUUCUCUGCUCUUUGCCUAAUUGUCGUGAGACCAAGGACUUGCUUAAUCACAUCACGACAUGCCAUGUAGUGGGCAAUUGUUGUGGCUCUACCAAGGAAAUCAUCGACCACUGGAAUCGAUGCAAUCUCGCCGAUUGCCCGAUCUGCCUGCCAGUCAGGCAAGCCGAGAGAAAUCUCAACUCGACCGUUGUGACGGCGAGCCCGAACAAUCAAUUAACGAUAAACCCAUUUAUGCGUCGACCGCACCGGAGCAUGGGUUCGAGCUACCCCUCCACAGCCACAUCGGGUCUACUGUCGAAUCAAUCGCAGGGUGGUCCAAGCAACGGUCUGGGUCCACGCAACGAUCGUAUCUCGCCACGCUCGUCCAUGUGGCACUCGAAUUACGACAGCUGGCGCUCGUCUAGCGGUGCCGAUAUGUCUAUAGAUAAUAGCGGCGGUGGUGGUGUCACUGGUAAUCGCCGCAUGCAGCCCAGAUUCUACAUGCACAAUCGCAAUAAUAGCGGCAAUAGGCACGAAAGACGAGCGCCGCCUUACAAUAAUCCUUGGGCUGCUCCGGAGAUCAUCUUUGUGGAGAACAAUAGGCAAUCGUCUAGAGGACCGUCGCUGUUCGGUCCUAUUGCAAGCAGGAAUACCGACAGAUUGCAGGGCUACGGCGCCCCUUGGCGUUCACCUGACGUUCUCUUUGUUGAGAACGUUCGACCUGCACAUCGCCAACCUCAAGGUAAUUUCUCUGAUGAGCCAGUUAUCAUACCAUCUGAAGAAGAUGCUACUCCAUCAGAGCAAGCGCAAAUGAUGGCCAUCGUCAAAACAUUAAAAUCAUCUGGCGGUCGGUUAGAGCAGAAAUACCGUUGCUCACGACGUAGUUGUUGCGCCUUGUGGCCGUGCCUGCACCGGCGUUUAGCCGCCUCGAUUCAGAGCCUGAAGACGCCUAUCCCGGGAUGAUCGGUACGCGGGAAUCGCGGCCGACUAUCUUACUGCAUCUCAGGGCUACACUUCUAUAAAUCGUUCCUCAUCAUAGCGCUAGUUUAUUUUCAAAGUGAGUUCUAUUUUUAUACGCAGAGAACGACUAAGGAGAAUGCGCUUGGCAAGCAGGUACAAAACGAUAUGACGACUAGUAGAACGUCGUGGUCGUUGUUGUUGUUAUUUACGAAUAUGUGCUGCUGCGUAUGGCGAGCGACCAGUAACUAUUCUGGCGAUUACGCCUGUGUAACCAAAUCUCGUACUGUGUGUAAAUUUUCAUUCGUUAUUUAAAACGACUGCGAGUGAUUCAUUAUUAUUAUAUCUAUAUACAUACAUCUCUCUAUCUCUCUCUACUUUCUUUAAAUUGUACAUUAUUAAAUACAUCGGAUUAACCUGGCUAGGUUUGUUUAUAUUUUUCUUUUAAGGCUCACGGCGGGUGAAAGCGUGCGUGCAAGUGCGUGUGUGAGUGUGUAAAUGUGUGGUUGUGUGGAAAUAAAUGAGUAUAUCUGGUAUUUUUUCAUGCCGUCGUACAAAAUUGUGAUUUUUCAUCGGUAGAGAGAUAUAUAACGUCGAAGGAAAUAUUUUUUAAAGUAAGAUGAAUUCCGAUAUUUUUCUUUUUUUUUUUUGUUCGGAAUUAACAUACACGAUUGUGAGAUCUCGAGUUUAAGUUCUGAAUGCGCGCGUGAUAUACAGCCUCGAUUAAGGGAGCAAGGACCUUAGGCGAAAUGAUUGUUUAUUUUAUAAAAGAGAUGGAAAAAAGUUUAAUUUUAAAUUGUUAUCUAGGCACUUAACGGUAUUAUCAAACUUGCGAUUUAUUUUUUUCUGCAAAAUUAUACAAUGAAUUUAUGAUAAUGUAUUUUUAUAUAGGGCUCAAUAGCUUUUAACGAAUUAUAUAAUUCUAUAUAUGCGACUUAUAAAGGGUAUAUAUGUUUGGUAUUCUUUCAUUUGCUAAAAGCUUUAAGUUGUAAUUAGCUAACGAUCUUGAAGAAAUAAAAUAAUAUGUAUGCGAUUAAUUGAUUAAUGAUAAUCUCUUAUCUCUUUUUUAUACAUAAUCGGAUUUAUAUGUAUUUUGAGUAUUUAAAAACAACGUUCGCUUUAUUGGUUGCUCAUUCGCAAUGCGGUAUAGUUGUUGAUAGAGGAUACAAAGCAAUGGACUCUUAAUUGUUAACGGUCUUACUCUCUCAAAACUUAACUUAACAAAUAAAUCGAUGGAAUCAACUGUUAGGAUUUCUGAUAAUCCAAUAGUAGACUUUCAAUGAAAAAAAGUUUGUGACGAUAGAUUAUAUGUACUGUACGACUUGUAUUAUUUUAAAUGUAAGGACUUUCAUUUAUCAUAUCAAUAGAUUUAUGUUUUACAUAUUAAUGACAUUAUACUUGUAUCGUAAUUCGUAUCAUAAAAUCGUCAAUUAAGGGAAAGAAAAACACAAGUCACCCUUGUAUAAUUGUUACUGCUUGCUAGUAAAAAACCUAGAAGUAGAGACGUAUUUUAAUGACGAAAAAUACGCAUUUAUAGUAAAUUACGCUACGUAAAAGCAAAGUUAGCUGUUCUUGUCACGGAUAAGGUGACAGGCGUGACUCUCUUUGCUUCCAAGUGGCGUAUAUGAUUUUUCUGCGGAACGUAAAACCACUGGAAAAGCGCAUGACUUUUCUCGCCAAAGUUUUGACGCCGUUGCUGCCUUCCAGGCAUAGGUUAUAAAGUAUUACGGGCCAUGACGCGCAUUUACAGAAAGAUGCGCAGUUGUACAUGUGCGAAACUCGACCCCUGACCGAGAAUGCAGCAAUUGCGUCAGAAUUACGAUGAGAGAAGUCACGUACUUUCCCAAUGAGGGAUGCGGAAAAAUAAUAAAAAAAUGAAACUUGUGAUACAACAUAAGAAUGAUUUUGUAGAUAAACGUAAAAAAAUGAAAUAAAAAAGAGGCAUAUAGCCACUCGACUGGCAAAAGGAAAUCCGACAAAACACUUGUGUUAUAUUGUAUCACUGUUUUUUAUAUCGCCUUCAGACGAAAUAAAAAAAAACAAUAAACGAAUUCUCUUUGUUGAUCACUUUCGCUGUUCGUUAAAAUGAACCCGACAACUGCGCGCGUGCGUACGGUGACCAAACACAGUUGUACAUUGUCAAUGAAUGUUCCCUUAAUCGAACGAUUUUUGAUUGUAUACCGUGUACGAUUGAAGCUACCGAGACAAAUAUAAUGAAUUUGUGAGACGCACACACAAUCGAUUCAAAUGUAAGAAGAGAGAUUUUCGGCGAAAUUUAAGAAUGCAAGGACGAAAAAGAAAAAAAAAACUUUAAAUUGUGCAAUAUAUGUGUAUAAAGUGACGAGUAGAAAAGUUGGUUGAAAAUUACGAUCAUCCAUUUUACCAAGCGAGCGGAGCAAAGGAAUAAAGCAAAGAAUCUUGGAUCUACAGAGCGUUCUCUUCUUUUCCUGUCCGAAAACACGCAAACAUAGCCAACCGAAACGAGCCGACGCACUUUACACUUUCUCAGCGAUCGAGCGAGAGCGAAGAAAAGCGCUGCGUCCUCGCGCCUGCAAAUAUUCUAUUUUAACAAUUCAUGUAUUUGUGCUGUUCGUAAGAAUUAGAAAUUUGAUCAAUAAAAAGACCAACAAUCUCGA